AUGCGCGCCGUCGCCGAUGCCAGUGACGCCAUUGUUCACCACGACGUCGAUCGAAUAUCUUUAUUACCCCCGGAACUUCUUGGGGAGAUAUUCACGUACACCUCCUCGUUCGACCCGGAUGCGCCUCUCCGCGUGGGCGAAGUGUCUACUCUAUUCCGUCGCACUGUCCGGACUACACCGCAGGCGUGGACGCGCCUUUUGCUAUCGUUGUCCGUCUCGCCAUCGGAUCUGUUGCAGGAUGCAAACUCCGUUGAGGACGCGGAUGGGAGGGCCAUUAGGAAAGCCGAGUUAUGGUUCGCAAUGAGCAAGGUGACUCUUGUGGAUGUAAGCAUCGAGUUGUCGUCUUCCGCUCAAGGCCCCAGCAAGAAUGGUUCGAGGAAUCAUACACAUAUCCUAAUACCUAUGCGUGGCCAAAAUUUACAGGACGUACAAAUUGAUUUUUCAGAGCUUAUUUUGCCCCAUGUGUUGCGGAGCUUCACACAGCGGAUACGGGCGCUAGAUCUGCUUACGACAACGGAGAAUGAGGCUCAGGCUUUCUUGUCUGCUAUGUAUCCCUCACCGGCGAAUUUAUUGUCUCAUGUUGAAGGCGACCAAGUCUAUCCAUUGCAGAGCCUCGCUUUCCAUGCUUCGUCAGAUGGAUCGGGUCAUGUCCCAAACAGACGUCGUACUGACCAGGUCCGCGCCAUCACGAGACGUGGUACGUGCUCGAACAUCAACACAACGACUGGCGCGCUCGUCCUUCCAUCUAUUCCAUGCUUAAGGCACCUCUCGUUUUACAAUCAUCUACUUCCACCGCUCUCUCCAGAAAAUGUCAAAAACUUAAGGGUGCUACAACUACAUUACCCGCUACGCUUUUCACCAAUAUCCAUUACCACGUUGUUGGGAGUACUAAACGAGGCCAGGUCGUUAGAGAGGGUUGAGAUUGAGGCGAGAGUCACUUUGGAGAACGUAUCACCUUCCAAUUCAACUUCUCCUUCUUCGAAUUCUGCGUCGGGAAGUCAUAAUAUCGCUGUUUCUCCACCGACAACUCACCCUUCCAACCUUGCUACGGUAGCCUUGGUACCUCUUUUAUCACCGUCAGAUUCCAACCAUGCUCCUUCUGCCUCUUCGAGCCUGUCCUUGGAUUCUCAUUCGACCUCCAAUGAUCAGUUACCGCUCAUCUCUUUGCCGCGUCUCACAUAUCUGCACCUUCGGAUCAACAACCUUCCGUCUGUGCUAUCACAGCUUCUUUUACCUUCCCUACAUACGCUUAGUAUUGACGAUCUAGAUGGAAAGAGGUCUGGAGCUGCGAAGCAGAUGGCUGAGGUGCUCAGAGGGUUGCUCGUCAGGAUGGAGAUGCCUGUCGAUGAUGUGGAAAACGUGGAUACUCCAGUUGAAAAGAAAAAGCAGCUCGACGUACAGAAAGGUCUGGAGGUCUUGGAUAUGUGUAGUGUUGCUCUGCCUGCAUCUCAGGGGCACCAUGGGGGACUGAUAUCCGCAACCGAUGCUCAAGCGGCGCAUGCGGUGUGGGCGUGGUGCUUCAGGCGGAUGAGGGUUCUUAAGGAGAUGAGGGUUAAAAAGAUGGACGCGGAUUCCUUGUUCGAGUUGAUCACACCACGAUUGCGGACAUCACGUUCUGGCGUAGACGUUGGCGCCGCCGCCACUACCAACUCACAUGGUCUCGAAAAUGGGCAGAACGAAAAGGACGAUAUCCCUCUGCCUGCGUUGCAGAAGCUCGUCGUCGUCGAACAAGACGCGUACCAUCCUAAAUCAAGUGCUGCACUACAUCGUAUGAAUGCUUGGGGACACGGCGAUAACCAUGAAUUCAGUUCCGCCGUGUCAUCUUCUCCCUUCGACGCUCCUCAUUCGCCAGCUUCAUCGAACUUGAAUUAUAUGGAUGGCUCUUCGUCGGCAUCUCAGGACCGCAAUAUGGAUCUUCAAGCACAAGGUAGUGCGCUUAUCAGGUUCCAAAUGAGACGGCCUGAGGUGGAGGUUAUUUAUGAUGCUUCGAGUAGACAAGUUGUUUCGUCUUCGGUGGGCGUGGAUUUUUUGGAUUUGUAUGCAGGCUGA